GGCCUCCCUCUCAGGUGCGGGCGGCCCGAGGCGGCGGCGCGGCGGCGCGGUGUCGUGGUGUCGUGCCGUCGCUCUCCCACCAUGGCAGCCCCCGGAGGUCUGGGCCGCUGUGUGGCUGCCUUCUGGCUGGCACUGGCAUUCGACGCGGUCGGUUUGGCGGUGCUGCUGGCCGGUGUGUUCGCCGACGUGUUCUUCGCUGAUUUACUAAUCUACGCGGGCGGCAUCGGCAUCUUCCUCAGCCUCAUCUGGUGGGUGUUCUGGUACGCGGGCAACCUGGAGGUGUCGCCAGAGGAGCUGCGCGACGACGUGGGGCUGGCACCGCCCAAGGGCCGCGGGGACAGCGUGCUGCGGGGUUUGGUGCACGGCUUCAGCCUCCGCCUCUCUUCAGUUCUCGGCACCGCGUCUCGUUCCCGCCGCGCCGCCGACCUGGAGCUGCAGCGCGCCCGCGGCCCGCCGCGCCACUCCGCCGACGGCAGCAGGAUCUGCUGAAGACAAACUUGUUGAAGUUAUUGCUUCUAAAAGAGGUGAAACUGCUACAAAUUAUGGAAGGAGAAAUCCAUACUCCAUGCAGUAGGAUUCUUUCAUUAUGGAAUAAUUUCUGCAACCACAGUGGACUGUAUAUGAAGUGGAUGCACAGACCUAUAUCUCUGCCAAAUGCACGUAUUUCAGUGUUGGACUGGAUCACAUCUGGUUGUUUUUUGUUGUUGUUGUUUGUUUUGUUUUACCCUUUCAAAAGUUAAAUUUGAUCUUCUAGAAUUGAGAACUAAAAAGGAAACCAACCCGAUUCACAGAAAAAGUAACUGCAGCAUGUUAUACAUAAGUAUAUUUCAUAGUAACCCAGGAAUGUUUGGAUAAAAAGCUCUUGCACAGUGAAAAGAUUUUGCACUGUUUUUCUAAGGUCUGUAAGUUAAACUCACUGUGAAUUUUUAUGAUGUCAGUGCAAUACUUUUAUUUGUAAGGGUGCUUUUAAAAUACCUGUGUAAAACUACUGGUGCAAAGUUAUGAAUACUGAAGUUGUUUCUAGUGUAAAUACGCAAUUUACAGUGACUCCUAUGAAGUUUCAUCAUUAUUUGGGAAUAACUUGGAAUUUGAGGUUGUAUAAGUACAGAAGUAAAAAUAGUGAUGUUGGCAUUCCAAUUCUUUCUCAUAGUUGCGUGUAACGUAAUAUAAUGCCUCUAAGAGGAGGCUUUUUAAUCCAGUUACAAUACAGCAACUUUUUCUAAAGCUGAAGCAUUAAAAAAACAACUGUAGACUUCCAAGCACUCUGAUGCUUUACAAAAUUCUACCCAAUUUAUAUAUAGAUUCAAUUGAAAUUAGAAGCAUGUAUAAAACGUUAAUAUUAAAGUUAAUGAUAACUAAAAUUCAAGUAUGUGAUAAAUUUUUGUGUUCCUCUGUUUCUGCACUAACACCAAGUUUGAGACCACCAUAGUCAAAUACAGUAGACUUUGCACUUGAAAUGCAUGCAUGAUUGUUUUUAUGCUUCACUUAUUGAACACUAGAGGUGGAUUUAACAAGAGAGUUUACUCAGAAUUCUGCAUCCGCAUUUCCUUGUGAACCCGUUAAAUAUCUUUCAAUUUGAAUAUUUCUGAAAAUAUCUUUCUUUUGAAAACUACUAGACUAACUUCUAUGCGUAUUCUAUUUCUUUAAAUAUUUUUCAAAUGCUGUCAGUCUUUCAAUAAGUUCAUGUAGACACUAGAUAUGAAAAUCUAUAAUUUCUUUACUAAAUGCAGAUGUUAGGAGUUAGAGCUGUAUCCUCCUUUUAGAGAACUGCAACAUGACACCACUGUUUUUAUUACAGUGGUCUGAUUAGAAAACAAACAAAGCCCUCAUCCCUAAAACCUAUAUACCAUAGUUUCAAUGUCAUUUCCAAGACAAUUUGUCAUUUCUGUGUUCUGAAAAAUUAUUUCUCCUGACUUCCCUGUAGCUUCAAUUGUUAAACUGAGUUUUCAGGUGUAUAAAGUCUAGUGAGUUGAAUAGCAGCUAUAAAUUAACCCAAAACUUCUGUGCAGCCAUUCACGUACUACCUGUGAUGACAGUUUUCUCUAAUGUAGUGUUGCAAUUAUAAUUAUCAAAGUAAAUUGAGUAGGGCUUUAAAUUUACUGCAGAUUACAAUAAAUCUUCUAUCCAGUAUCAGAUACUUAGUGAUUGUGAUGGAUGGUUGUUGAAUGUCAUUUGGCUGCUGACAUGUCACUCAAAUUAUAUGAGAUUCAAAUGUUUACAAUUAUGAAUAGUAUGUACAAUUUAAUUCUAAAUACAGGAGCUGGCUCAUCAAAAAAUAAAGAUUAUAUAUUCUUUAUAGAGAAGUACCAUGAUGCUACUAAUGAUGUAUCUAAACAAAGAGGUAAAAACUACUUGCUGUGGAGCAGUGCUGUUAUAAGCUAUCAUGUGUUUUUGUUGUUGUUGUUGUAUUUAUUUUUUAAUAUAAAAUAGUUAAUCUGU